AUGGAAGAGAUCGACGGUUUCGUCUGGGUCGAUGCGCCGCCGAGAAGCCAUUGCUGGAAUGAAACCAAUAAAAACCCCGACAACGAUGGCCUAACCUGCAGGAUCUCCGCCAUCGAGGAAGCGUUGAAGCCAUUGAAAGCAAGUCUAUGGUCCUUGAACAAGUAUAUCCACGAGCACCCUGAGUUGGGCUACGAAGAGCACAAGACACACGAUGCGUUGACUGCUUUCAUGCAGCGCCAAAAAGGCUGGCAGGUCACUAGGUCAGCCUUUGGCAUCGAGACUGCUUGGACUGCUGUUUAUAGUUCUCAAAGUCCAGGGCCAGUCGUUGCCUUCAAUGCUGAGAUGGAUGCCUUGCCAGGCCUUGGUCAUGCAUGCGGUCACAACCUCAUAGCCAUAGCGUCUGUUGCUGCCGGUCUGGCAACCGCUGAAGUUAUGCGCGGGUUUCAUCUUCCAGGAAAGGUCGUGAUCAUAGGGACACCCGCGGAGGAAGGUGGAGGCGGCAAGAUAAAGCUUCUCAAAGCAGGCGCCUAUGCAGGCGUCGAUGUCUCCCUCAUAUCUCACCCCAGCAUCGUCAAUAACAGCCCAAUGGUCAGGACUACGGCGUUUUCCAAGGUAGAAGUGGAGUAUCACGGGCGUUCAGCUCAUGCUGCCAACAGCCCUUGGCUCGGCAUCAACGCCUUGGACGCACUAAUCGUCGCCUACAACUCCAUCUCGGUCCUCCGACAGCAGACACAGCCUGGAGAUGUCAUAGGGCUGCAGAUCACCAACGGCGGCAACGCGCCAAAUGUCAUUCAUGCUUUUUCUGCAGGCAAGGUAGUUCUCAGAGCCACCAGCGCCUCCAGGCUACAAGACUUGCAGCGUAAAGUCGAGGCUUGUUUCCGCGCGGGAGCCGAGGCCACGGGUGCAAGAUUGGAGAUCAAGAAAACUCCAGGAUACAAGGACCAUGUGCCGAACCGUGUCAUGGCAGCAUCCUACACUAAAUACUGGGAGGCGUUGCCGGAUAUGCCAGGGCCGCGCAUACCCCCAGACGGCCAGCUCACUUUUGUCAAGGCGAGUACUGAUCAAGGAGACAUCAGUUAUUCUAUGCCGAGCCUGAAUGCUAGCUUUGCAAUUCCCCCCGGACCCAAAGGAGGCCCUCCGCACAGUCCAGAUUUCGAAAAAGCAUCAUCUACAGAGGCAGCUUUUGACAGAGCCAUGAGAGUUGGGAAGGCCAUGGCAGGCACUGCAGUUGACUUGUUUGCCGACCCUGAGUUGUUGGACAAAGUCAGGGCCCAAUGGAGGCGUGACAUGGCAGCUGCGAGCUGA